UCAGCUCUAACUAGUUUCUAAGCUAGUGUCAUUGGUUCGGUGAGUCUCUCAAGUUCUCAACCCUCUCCUUGCUUUUGAUCGAAUCGGUAGAAAAAGAACACCCACUGUCCAACUCACUAAGGUCAUGACCUCUGGGCUAAUUACGUGUUUCUUCGACCCAGUGCAUCAGAUCCGGCCAGAAAGGAUGCAAAUCCAUCUGUACAAAUGCAAGAAACAACACCCCACCACGCCUUUUAAGAUUUGUCCACUAAAUUCGACCCAUUAUGUGAAGCCCGAAGAUUUGGAGGCCCAUGUGGAGGACUGUCCCGAUAAGGGCGAAGUGAUGUCCCACAUCUUGGCUAAGAAUUGCUAUCGCUUCAAUGCUCCCAAACCCGUGGAUCGGUCCUUACCGGAAGUGGAUGAAUGGCAGGAACUUCAAGGCAAACAGCCCUUCAAUCCCACUCUGAACGCCAAAUCUAAGGGCGUGGUUCGCGUUCUCAAGGCCGCCAGUAAAAGCGAGAAGAAGCGGUUUUACGAAGCUGAAGAGCUCCGUCAUCAGCAACUCACCGCCCAAACUGGAGGAAGACGACAGCUUCCCCAUCGAGGAUUCCAACCCUUGAGAUCUCCGUGGUCAAGCCAACCUCGCUUGGGGAUGUCUGCUAUUUCCGAGUCGCCCUCGGAGAUCAGCUCUAUCUCCACUCUGGCCAGUACCAAGGGAGUCAAUCCACGGGUUGACGACGAGUUCAGCUUGAUCUCGGCGUCCACCAAACUCAACGGAUUGGGACGGGGUUGGGCGUGCGUGACCAAGAAGGUCGCCAACUAUCACGAUGAAGGCCGUUCCUCCACCACGACUAGUGUGGCUGGUUUGGGACGAGGUCGAGGCCGUGAAAAGACUGCCAAAGCCAUUCCAUCGCGUCCGGGAUGGCUGAAAAACUCGAUCCCGUCAACUUCAGGGGACGAUCCGUUCGCUCCGUUCGAGGACGGCGAGUUCUCCGAAUUCGACGACAAGAUCUCCAUCAAAUGAUCUUGCGGCACUUGGCAGAUAGGUUAUGUAGGAAAAAUUGUUAAGACUGCCUGCCUGCCAUUGCCUUGUGUCCAUUGAGAAAUACAGAAUCGACCAGGUUUGAAAUAUAUGAAAGAAGAAGAUAA